UAGACCAUCUUUUUUGUUGUUUUAUUGAACAGCAUCCUACUCUUCCAUUCAUUUUGGAGGGGAUCAGUUUUGGGAUAUUUUUCUGGAAUUCUUUUUCAAUCUGGAAUCUGGACAUUUAUCUUAGUUUCUACGAGAGGGAACGUGCGUCCGUGUGCGUGUGUAUGUGUGAGUGAGUGAGUGUGUAUGGUUGCUGGGGGGACGUGGCUGAUGCUUGAUAAUGGCUCAUGCGGCGUCUCAGAUUAAGAAGAAUAAAGAUGUGGAUAUUAACGCGCUGGAAGACGAAAAGGAAAGGAAGAGGAAGAGCAGGAAACACUCACGGGAUCAAAAGAAAAAGUCGGACAGCAAUGCCAGCUACCUGCGGGCAGCGAGGGCGGGGAAUCUUGAGAAGGUGCUUGACUACCUGAAGACCAGUGUCGACAUCAACAUCUGUAAUCAGAAUGGGUUGAAUGCACUUCACUUAGCUUCCAAAGAGGGACAUGUGGAGGUGGUGGCCGAGCUGCUCAAACUGGGUGCCAAUGUAGAUUCAUCAACCAAGAAAGGAAACACCGCACUGCAUAUCGCCUCACUGGCCGGACAGAAGGAAGUUGUGAGGGAACUUGUGACCAAUGGGGCCAACGUCAAUGCACAGAGCCAGAAUGGCUUUACUCCACUGUACAUGGCUGCUCAGGAGAACCAUCUGGAUGUGGUGCGCUUUUUACUGGAGAACAAUUCCAGCCAGAGCAUCGCCACAGAGGACGGCUUUACACCGUUGGCUGUAGCCCUGCAGCAGGGUCACGAUCAGGUGGUGUCUCUGUUGUUAGAGAAUGACACGAAAGGUAAAGUCCGACUGCCCGCGCUCCACAUCGCCGCCCGUAAGGACGACACCAAAUCUGCAGCUCUGCUCCUUCAGAAUGACCACAACGCGGAUGUUGAGUCUAAGAUGAUGGUGAAUAGAACAACAGAGAGCGGUUUCACUCCUCUCCACAUUGCUGCACACUAUGGAAACAUCAACGUGGCCACAUUAUUGUUAAACAGAGGGGCGGCAGUAGACUUUAUGGCCCGGAAUGACAUCACACCACUGCAUGUGGCGGCUAAGAGAGGGAAUGGAAACAUGUUGAAAUUGUUGCUGGACCGAGGAGCAAAGAUUGAAGCCAAGACCAAGGAUGGUUUGACCCCUCUGCAUUGUGGAGCACGCAGUGGACAUGAGCAGGUUGUUGAGAUGCUGUUGGACAGGGGAGCUCCCAUCCUGUCCAAGACUAAAAACGGUUUGUCUCCACUGCACAUGGCAACCCAAGGGGACCAUUUGAACUGCGUCCAACAUCUCCUCCAGCACGAUGCCCCUGUAGAUGAUGUCACCAACGAUUACCUGACCCCACUGCACGUGGCCGCCCACUGCGGCCAUUACAAAGUAGCGAAGGUCAUCGUAGAUAAGAAGGCCAACCCUAACGCUAAAGCCCUGAACGGUUUCACACCUCUUCAUAUUGCCUGCAAGAAGAAUCGAGUGAAGGUCAUGGAACUUCUGCUGAAACAUGGUGCGUCCCUGCAGGCGGUCACAGAGUCGGGAUUGACGCCCAUCCAUGUUGCUGCAUUUAUGGGUCACGAGAACAUCGUGAAACAGCUCACGCAUCACGGUGCUUCACCUAACACCACCAAUGUGAGAGGUGAAACAGCAUUGCACAUGGCAGCAAGGGCCGGCCAAGCUGAUGUUGUCAGAUAUCUGCUGCAGAAUGGAGCUAAAGUGGACAUCAAAGCCAAGGAUGACCAAACAGCCCUGCAUAUAGCUAGCCGCCUAGGAAAGGUGGAGAUUGUGCAGCAGUUGCUACAGAAGGGGACGUUACCUAAUGUAUCCACCACCUCCGGCUACACUCCUCUCCACCUCGCCGCCCGGGAGGGUCACCAAGAGAUAGCAUCUCUCCUAUUAGAACAGGGAGCUUCUAUCACUGCAGCAACCGAGAAAGGGUUCACUCCCCUGCAUGUGGCGGCAAAGUAUGGCCAGUUGGAGGUGGCCAAUCUUCUACUGCAGAAGAAAGCUGCACCGGAUGCUGCAGGCAAGACUGGGUUAACACCGCUGCAUGUGGCUGCUCACUAUGAUAAUCAGAAGGUGGCUCUGGUACUUCUGGACCAGGGAGCAUCUCCACAUUCUGCUGCUAAGAACGGCUACACCCCUCUCCACAUUGCAGCAAAGAAGAAUCAGUUGGAAAUUGGGACUACGUUGCUGGAAUAUGGAGCGGAGUGUAACACAGUGACCCGUCAGGGCAUCAGUCCCCUCCACCUCGCUGCACAAGAGGGUAGUGUGGACCUGGUGUCUCUACUUCUUGGCAAACACGCUAACGUUAACAUGGGCAAUAAGAAUGGUCUCACACCACUGCACCUGGCUGCACAGGACGACAGGGUGGGUGUGACUGAAGUGCUGUUGAACCAUGGAGCAGAUAUUGACGCUCAAACCAAGAGUGGUUACACUCCAUUGCACAUGGCGUGUCACUAUGGCAACUUGAAGGUGGCCAAUUUUCUGUUAGAGAAUCAGGCCAGACCCAAUGCCAAGACGAAGAAUGGUUACACUCCCCUCCACCAAGCAGCACAGCAAGGCCACACCCACAUCAUUAAUAUGCUGCUUCAGUACGGAGCCUCGCCCAAUGAACUCACAGUGAAUGGGAACACUGCCCUCUCCAUUGCUCGGCGACUGGGGUACAUCUCCGUCGUGGACACACUGAGAGGCCUUACAGACGAAAACCUCACUGCCACGCCUGUAACUGAGAAACACAAGAUCAAUAUCCCGGAGACCAUGAACGAGUUUCUGGACAUGUCUGACGAUGAAGCUGUGAAAGAUCACGAAGCUCUGACUGUGGAAGAAGGUGAGGAUGCAAUGACCGGAGAGACCGAGAAGUAUCUUCGGCCGCAGGACCUGAGAGAAUUGGGCGACGACUCUUUACCACAGGAGGGAUACAUGGGUUUCAGUAUUGGAGCCCGCUCUGCCAGUCUGCGCUCCUUCAGCUCAGACAGGUCCAACACUCUGAACAGAAGCUCCUUCGCUCGAGACAGCAUGAUGAUUGAAGAGAUGCUGGCGCCCACUAAAGAUACGCUUCACAGUGUUUUUAAAGACAUUUCCUACAUGGUGGACCCUCAGAAUAAGCAUCUCGCCGUCACUCGCGAAUACAACAGCGAGUGUAUGAGGCGAUACAGCUGGACCCCUGACACAGUGGAUCACUCACACAACACUGUGUGCAGUCCUGUGCAUUCUGGCCCUUCCUCUCCGCUUCCUCAGUAUGACUCCAGGUUCCUAGUGAGUUUCAUGGUGGAUGCCCGGGGAGGAUCGAUGAGAGGAAGUCGUCAUGAUGGGAUGCGAAUAAUCGUUCCACCCAGGAAGUGUCAGGCACCUACCCGGAUAACCUGUCGUCUGGCGAAGCGUCAUCGCCUGGCAUACCCGCCCCCUAUGGUGGAGGGUGAAGGGCUUGUCAGUAGACUAGUGGAGAUGGGGCCAGCUGGGGCACAGUUUUUGGGGCCUGUGAUCGUGGAAACCCCUCAUUUUGGCUCUAUGCGAGGAAAAGAGAGAGAGCUAAUCAUCCUACGCAGCGAUAACGGCGAGACCUGGAAAGAACAUCAUUACGACUGUAAGGCGUCCGAGCUCACCUCUAUCCUGAACGGCAUGGACGAAGAGAUGGAUAGCCAGGCAGAGCUGGAAAAGAAGCGAAUCUGCCGUAUAAUCACAAAAGAUUUCCCACAAUACUUUGCGGUGGUGUCACGCAUCAAGCAGGAAAGUGAUCACAUGGGGCCAGAGGGUGGACUCUUGAGCAGUGAGGCAGUUCCUAUGGUCAAGGCUUCCUUUCCUCAGGGAGCACUUACUAAGAAAAUUCGUGUUGGAUUGCAGGCACAGCCAGUGCCUGAGGAUAUGGUGCGGACCAACAUUGGUAACCGAGCAUCAUUUAGCCCGAUUGUUACUGUGGAGCCCAGGAGGCGAAAAUUCCACAAACCCAUUACCAUGACAAUCCCCGUACCCCCCAGAUCCAAAGAGGCUGUUGGACGCAAAGGAGAAUCCGCCCCCUGUCUAAGACUGCUCUGUAGCAUCACAGGUGGAACGUCACCUGCACAGUGGGAAGACAUUACUGGGACCACUCCACUCUCCUUUGUCACAGACUGUGUGUCUUUUACCACAAAUGUAUCUGCCAGAUUUUGGUUGGCAGACUGUCAGCAGAUAAGUGAGACGGUGGGUUUAGCAUCUCAGUUGUACCGAGAGCUGAUCUGUGUUCCAUACCUGGCCAAGUUUGUGGUGUUUGCGAAAGUGAUCGACCCUGUAGAGUCCUGUCUGCGUUGCUUCUGCAUGACUGACGACAAAGUCGACAAAACUUUAGAACAGCAGGAGAACUUUGAAGAGGUGGCGAGGAGCAAAGAUAUUGAGAUUCUGGAGGGCAAGCCCAUUUAUGUAGACUGCUGCGGCAACAUCUCCCCUCUGAUAAAGAGUGGCCAGCCACUUAUUUUUCAUUUCUAUGCCUUCAAAGAGAACCGGCUUCCAUUUAAUAUCAAGGUCAGAGAUAUGGGUCAAGAGCCAUGUGGGAGAAUAUCUUUCCUCCGAGAGCCCAAAACUGCAAAAGGACUACCACAAAGUGCAAUCUGUAACCUCAAUUUCACACUGCCAACACACAGAAAGGAAAUGGAGUCGGAUCCUGAUGAUGAGAAUGACAAAGAUCGACGCCAUACCUUUGCCUCGUUAGCAUUGCGAAAACGCUACAGCUAUCUGGCAGACCCAGCAUCCAAAGCAGCUGAAAGAGGUCAUAACACCACUCCAAAAACCCCACCGCCGCAGCCUUCUGGCUACGCUUACAAGCCUGUCUUUACGACGCGCUCCUACCAGGCCUGGGCAAACAGCUCUCCUGUCAAUGUGCCUAGCCAGGCCAAGUCCGGAUUUGCCUCCCUCUCCAGCUCGUCAUCCAACACCCCCUCAGCCUCCCCAAUGAGGUCGGUGUGGUCUGUGAACUCUGCUUCUCCCAUCAAAUCCGUCAUUGGAGGCUCACCAGCGCCCUCUAUCAAAUCUGCCAGCGACAUUGCAUCACCAAUUCGAUCUUACAGAACCAUCUCCUCACCUAUAAAGACUGUAGUUCAAGGUGCCCAGUACCCAGUCCAAGCCUCGCCCACCCUUUUGUCUUCUCCAGGGAAGAGUUUUCCAGAACCCAUUUCAGUUAAAGGCCUUGUGGGCCUGUCAGCCAGGACUUCCCCAGUACCAUCUGGAGGGACUUUGCUGGAAAGAUCCUCUAUUGCUAUGACCCCUCCAGCCUCACCUAAAUCCUCUUUAAACAUGUACAGCUCAAGUUUGCCCUACAAGACUGUUGUAAACUCAAACCCUUCAGCAUCCUGCUCCCCCAUUAAAACUGUCCCAGGCUUUUCCUCUAUGAGAGCUAACACUGAUGCCUCUGGCUCUGCCAGAGGAUUCUUGUCAUCACUCUCUUCACCAUUGAAAUCCGUCUCACCCACUGCAGCAUUGAUCAAUGGGACAGCUUCCCCAACCAAGUAUCGCUCCUCUUCCCCAACAACGCAUCUUAACAGCACUCUGCAGGAAAGGAUUCAAGCCACAACAAAUGCAGCAACAACAAGUGUAAAUGCCGCUUUUGAUGAAGUGGAAAAAACGUUGAAUUCUUGCUCUGCUGGCUAUGGCACUUUGAAGUCAAUGUCGUCAACUCCAUCGUCCUCUUACCAGUCUAUUCGUUCCUCUGCAUCAAGCUCACUGUAUCCCUCCCUUAGGUCUCCUCCCAACUCUACCACUUCUGUCACCUCUAGCACUAUAACGGUGCCUGUCUAUUCUGUUAUAAAUGUCAUGCCAGAACACCAGUUCAAAAAGCUCCCUGAAGUCUCCAUGUCAACAGCUGCUCUCCUGUCCCCCAGAAAGGCCAUGCCUCAGGAGGUUAAUGCCCAGAAUCAGUCCUCUUUUGCCAGAACACUGUCCCCUGUGAAAACUCCCUUGUUAUCAGGGACACUCAAAUCCACUACCUCAUCCCCUUUGUCAAACAGCCAGGAGAUACUAAAAGAUGUGGCUGAAAUGAAGGAGGAUUUAAUCAGAAUGUCUGCCCUUUUACAAACUGAUACAAGUUCAACUUCCAAAGGUUAUCCAUCUGAUUCUAAAGAACAUAAAGUAGAUGACGAGGAGCCUUUUAAGAUUGUAGAGAAGGUCAAACAGGACCUGGUCAAAGUUAGUGAAAUUCUCAGCAAGGAUGUUUUAAGGGAGAGUAAAUCAAAUAUUAAAAACAGCAAGACAGAAGAUGUCCUGGAGGAUGACAUUGAUGAUAAUCCUCAAAAUGAAUGGAGAUGUCCCCCUCGAUACGAAACGCUGGCCCCUCAAGUCAAAACAAAAGCAGUCUCAGGCAGAGAUUUCAAUCUUGCCAAAGUAGUUGACUACCUAACCAAUGACAUUGGCACAAGCUCUCUUUCUAAAAUAGCAGAGGCUAAACAGAGAACCGAAGAAUCAAGGAGAGAAGGAGAGGAGAAACAGAAACGUGUCCUAAAACCUGCAAUGGCAUUACAGGAGCAUAAGCUUAAAAUGCCUCCAAUAAACAUGCGGCAUUCCCCUUCAGAGAAAGAACUGUCAAAGUUAGCCGAUGCAUUGUUUGGCCCCGAAAUAUCACUUGACUCUCCAGAUGAUGUCUGCCAUGACCAAGACAAGAGUCCACUCUCAGACAGUGGCUUCGAGACUCGCAGUGAGAGAACACCUUCGGCUCCCCAAAGUGCAGAGGGAAUGGGCCCCAAAGGGCUUUUUCAGGAGAUUCCCCCAGUCAUAACUGAAACACGCACUGAAGUUGUACAUGUCAUAAGAAGUUAUGAGCCUCCAGAGGAUCCUAAGGAACAAGUAUUGGGGAAGACUAGGAUGCCAAAUCCUCCACUACGGUGUGCGGACAAUGAGCCACGAUCACCGGGUGGAUCCAUUAAAGAAAGAGUAAAAGCUUAUCAAGCCAGAGUCAAUGCAGAGGAUGAUGCAAUGGCCAAAGGCAUGCGGGUCAAAGAGGAAACUCACAUAACAACAACUACAAGAAUGGUGUACCACAAACCUGCCGCUAAAGAGGCUGCAUCUGAGAGGAUGGAAGAGACCAUGUCAGUUCGAGACAUAAUGAAGGCCUUUCAGUCUGGAAAGGAUCCAUCCAGAGAGUUAACAGGCCUGUUUGAGCACAAAAACAGCAGUGAAAGUUCAGAGCAUUCCCUUAGACCUAUAGACCCAAUGCCAAAAGUUGAGCGCAUUAUUGAGGUUCACAUUGAGAAAGGAAAUAAAGCAGAACCAACUGGAGUUAUUAUUAGAGAAACCAAAAAUCACCCCGAGAAGGAAAUGUACAUAUAUCAAGGUCAAGGUGGAAUUAAAGAACUGCAAAAUAGGAUGGGAAAUGAACAACAUGACAACAUUGAACCUGAGGAGUCUCUUCCUUGCUAUUUGGACUCCAGAAUACACACACCUGUGGAUGACAAUACGACUUUGAAAUUGCUGAGUCAGCAUUCAGUAGAGUACCAUGAUGAUGAAUCAUCUGAAACCAGGGGAGAGUCAUACAAGUUUGCAGACAAAAUGCUCCUCUCUGAAAAGUUUGACUCCUCCCAUUCAGACUCCGAUGAAUCUGUGAUUGACAGGUCACGUUACUAUGGUGAGGGAACACACGGUGGCUCUGUUAGAGAAUUCAUGCUGAAGCCUGAUAGAUCUGGCAGAUCAUCAGAAGAUGACAGUUAUGACAAACUCACUUUGGUGCAGUAUGCCUCUGAUCCUGAUAGUCCAAAAAAGUCUAUUUGGAUGAGAGUUUCUGAGGACAGGCAGAGUAAAAGCAAAGAGAAUAAUAAGUAUGAAGACAGAGUAGACAGAACUGUCAAAGAGGCAGAGGAAAAACUUAGUGAGGUCUCCCAAUUUUUUCGUGAUAAAACUGAAAAACUGAAUGAUGAGCUUCAGUCUCCUGAGAAAAAGCAUCGCAGGCAAGAUACAAGAGAGACUCGUUCUGGGCCUAGCUCAACUUGCAGUAGCCCAGAGAGGACAGUGCAUAGAAACGGAGAAGACUGGAGUAGAGACAGGUUUAGGGAUAAAUACGGUUCCCAUGACAGAAAAUGCGCCAGUCUACCAAGCAGCCCUGAAAGACGGGUUUUGCUUCAAUACAAUGAUGACCCCAAGAAAGGGGACUGCUCAUCUGCAAGCAGUGCGAGUGAAUCCUCUAAGUAUUUCCAGCCCUCCACAUCUAAAGUUAGCUCGGUCAGAAUGAAAUUUGAAUCAGAGGCUCAGAAACAAGAGAAAGGGCCCCAACGGGGACAAACUUCAGGAUCACCUGUAAGGAAGCUGCAGGAAAGUAAACUUCCUGUUUAUCAAGUUUUUGCUGGGGGGAAUCUUCCAAAGUCCUCAGAGAUUUCGGAAACUGAGAGAAGCCCCAAAAAAGAAAGAGAGGGUGGGCACAGUUACAAUGUUAGAAAAGCUCAAAAUCAGCAUAGUGAUAGAGAGAAAAAUAGAUCAGAUAAUUCUUCCCAAAAAACAAACCAAAACAUCUACAGUAAAGAACAAAUUGCCAGCGAAGAUAGAAAAAUAUACAAAACUUGGGAAAAUCAUGGGAAUGGGCAACUGAAAGCCCAAAAGACAAAGCUUACCCACACGUUGGUGCAUGAUAGGCAAAAGGAAGAAUCGCAGAAUGAGCAGCACACAUAUGGAGAUGGAAACAAGGAAGAAACUACUAAAAAGAUAAUUUACACAGAGUUGGUCAUUCGCGAAGAUUCCAGUAACAUGGAAAAAUGCAAUGGGGCUCUAAAAAAAAACUCGGAAUCGCAAAUUCCUGUUAGAGUGUCAUCUAGUUAUAUAGACCAUCAUCAAAGUAGCACAUUAAAGCUAGAUUCCCCCAAAUCUGAAAGAACAGGAUCUCACCCUAGUUCUGGUGCUAGCAAGUCAUCUAGUUAUGUAUCAUCAGUAGUGAACUCGGAUUCUAAAAAGCAGAUUGCUAAUAUAGUCUGUAAUGGUGUUGAUGAAAACCAAGUUGAGUGUAUUGAAAAAGUGACUCCAGGUGUCACUGCAGACAUUAAACCUCUUCCUGUUUAUGUCAGCAUUCAAUUAGGCAAACAGUAUGAGAAAGAAACUGCCACUGGGCAGUUGAGCACUUACAAAAAAGUUGUAAGCCAUGAGAGCAGGACACUGCACGAAACACGUGGCACAUUUUAUACUGUCAAACAGAAACAGCCACCAUCCCCACAGGGUUUUCCUGAAGAUGAAACACUAGAGCAGGUCACAUUAAUGGACAGUUCAGGCAAGGGUCCAGUAACUCCUGAGACACAUACAUCUGAGGAGGUCAGCUAUGACCUGAACUCCAGAGCUCCUGACUCUAUCGUAGGUUCUAUGACUGGCAUGCCUAGCCCAAUCCCAGAAGAGUCAGAGGAAGAGGAGCAACCUAAGACAUUUAUUUUUAAGGAACUACCAGCAGAUAAACCCAAACCUGCCACUCAAACACCAGAGCAUUCAAGAAGGAAGCAAGACUCAUCUGGAAAAAGAGGGAAAGAAAAACGCAUAGCUUACAUUGAGUUCCCACCACCACCGCCUUUGGAAAGCGAGCAAGCUAACCCUUAUAAAAGGAGGUCAUGUCCUUCCUCUGAAGCAGAAACAGAGAUGAUGGAGGUGAACCUCCAAGAGGAACAUGACAGGCACCUCCUUGCUGAACCGAUCAUAAGGGUCCAACCUCCUUCCCCUGUCCCAUCAGGAGCUGACAACAGUGACUCUAGUGAUGAUGAAUCUGUUUUUCAGCCUGCCCCCAACAAAAAGUACACAUUCAAAAUGGCAGAGGAGGGCGAGAAACAUGUCAAGCCUAAGAAACCAGAGAGAAACAACUCACACCACAAAGAGCCAGGCAUCAAUGGCAUUGUAAAAGGAGAGGAGGUAGAAUGUGAGCAGAAUGGAAAUGAUCAAUCUAUUACUGAUUGUUCUAUGGCAACAACUGCUGAAUUUUCUCACGAUACUGAUGCAACUGAGAUCGAUUCCCUUGAUGGCUAUGACCUACAAGAUGAAGAUGACGGGCUGAGUGACCCAAAAACACCCAGCAAUGAGGGAAAACCAAUUUCUUUCACCCAGAGCAAACUUGAAGUGAUAGAAGAGGAAAGCACUCCAAAUGAUGAGUCAGGGGAAAAGGCAAGGAGGUCAUCAGGGAGAAAAUCUGAUAAUGGGAAAGAUGAAGAGGAGAAAAUAUAUUCUUUAGAGGGAAGACACCCUGAAAGACAAAGUUUUACAGAAAAUUAUUUCAGUUGUCAACUAGAGGAGGGCAUAAACACUACCUUUAAAACAGUGGCCACUAAAGGCUUGGAUUUUGAUCCUUGGUCUGGUAAAGCGGGAGAAGAGGGAGCUUUUGAUUCUAAAAACAAAGAUGAAGAUCCAAAGCAUUGCGCUUUAUCAGUGGACGACAAAUCACAAGCAACCACGCCGGAUACCACGCCAGCCAGAACUCCAACCGAUGAGAGCACCCCAACUAGUGAGCCCAACCCUUUCCCCUUCCACGAGGGCAAGAUGUUUGAGAUGACCCGCAGUGGUGCUAUUGACAUGAGCAAGAGGGACUUUGUUGAAGAAAGACUUCAGUUUUUCCAGAUUGGUGAGCAUACUUCAGAUGGGGACAAGGGGAAAGUGGGCAGGAAUGCCGGGGUAGUCGCCUCUGACUCGAAGUCAGGGGAGAGAGCUGUAGAGGGAAAGGUAGAGGCAACCUCAGACAUAACACCAUCCAGAGGCAUCACAGCGCAGGGCAACACUGACUGCCCGGAUGCACCUCCAUCCGCUGACACCACUUCAUGCACUGUCACAGCUUCCAAGGUCGACCCCAAAUUACGCACCCCCAUUAAGAUGGGCAUCGCAGCUUCCAUUACUAUAAAGAAAGACUCCGGCUCAGCCGAACUGACUGAUGUUAAGGCAGAGACUUCACACAGACAGGUUCCAGAAUACAUUAGCUUGGAGUCACAGUUAGAUGAGGGUCACUCUGAUAGAAAACGCACUGACUCUUCCACGAUGGGCAGGAAAGAUUACCCAUCAGAAAACUGCAAUAACAACAAUAAUUUAGAGUCCUCCAGCGUCCAGGCCAACUACAUCCAGUGUGGAAGCGUAGUGUUCAAUUUGCAGUCAUCUUCUGAACCCACCUUACAGAAGGCUAGCAGGAUAGAAGCUCAGUUCUGUAGGAACUCUGGGGAGAAAUCAAAGAGUGCAAGCAAUCAGAGUAUUCAGGGUAUAGUCAUCUCUGAGAACAGGCAGCACAAGUCUAGGCUCCCAGUCAAGGCAACAGGGUUCAGUUUUAACACACACAAUUCAGGAAAGCAGAAACCUAAGCAAGUUGUGAGGCCAGAAGCAAGGAAAGUGGAUUCUGCAUCUGUAAUGAUUGAACCCAAAUCUAGAAUACCUGUCAAGGAGGUCAAACGAAAUAUUACACUCAGCUCAACUCCUACAGCUCAGGUAGUUCCAAGGUCAAGCAAGCACAUGCAGUCAGAAAGAUCAGUCAGGCCGGUAGUUCCUUCUAGGCUGCCGUUCAAAGAUAAAGCUCUGGUGGGUCAGUUAAUGAGGCAGGCAAAGGCAAUAAGUGAAGUGUGUAGACAGUCAAUUGAGUUCUUAAAGAACGUUAGUGGAGAAGCAAUAAAAGUGGCUGAACGACUUUCAGACGAAGAGAAACAGACGCAGGGAGAGCAGUCGGAGGAGGACAGCAGCACAUCACGAAGCACCUCACUAUCGGACCCCUCUCAGUCCCAGCCCUCCCUCUCCGCUGGCUCCUCCCGAGGGGUCAAACCCUCGAGAUCAAAGGUCACCAGGGCGGUGGGCAGUGAGAGAAGGAGGAGUAAGCGGACUGGAGGAGGGAAGGAGGGCAGUAAGAACGAAGGGGCUCGCAGGUCGCCCCCCGUCGCGGAGAUCAAGCCUAGUCCACAGAGUCCCUGUGAACGAACAGAUCUUCGCAUGGCCAUUGUGGCCGAUCAUCUGGGACUGAGUUGGACAGAACUGGCUCGGGAGAUGAAUUUUUCUGUGGAUGAGAUAAACCACAUUCGCACCGAGAACCCAAACUCUCUCACAGCCCAGAGCUUUAUGCUCCUCAAGAAGUGGGUCAGUCGGGAUGGGAAAAACGCUACGACGGAUGCACUGACGGCGGUCCUGACUAAAGUGAACCGGAUGGAUAUUGUGACUCUGCUGGAAGGGCCCAUAUUUGAUUAUGGUAACAUUUCAGGCACCAGAAGUUUUGCAGAUGAUAGCGCUGUGUGCCAGGAGAAGGCGGAUGGUUACAGCCAGAUCCUGGCUCAACUCCAGUCAACUACCAACCCAAUCCCUGAUCCGCCCUCUAACUGCCCCUCUAUGUCAGAUGACCUCGAACCCAUCUUAGAUCUACCCCUUGACCCUCCCCCUUACAGCCCCUCCUGGGGGACACAUCAGUGUGACGAGGAUGUGUCUGUCAGAAUCACCUUAUCCAGACCCUGCGACCUGUCCUUGGCCCAGUCGGCAAACUACCCUCAGACACUCUCUGAAAUAUCUGCCGAAAUACACACACAUUCCGACACCCACGCUCACCUGCACACACACUCCCCUGAUCCUCACACAUACCCUCAGCUUUCUUACGACGACCACACAACAGAGCUGUUAGCUGAAACACAUCAUACCUCUGGCACACUAUGUCUCCCUUGUGCUCAACCUCAUCUAAACCCCUCUGUACCAUCUGGCACAAACACAAUCCCACCCUCUGUAAUCGAGCAGGACCACCCUAUACAUGGGUCUCAACACCACCAACAAGGAGAAGAACAUGAGGUGGAAAGACAGAAAAAUGAAUCAAGUGACUUGACGCACAAGGAAAAAGAAGAGUGUAAGAAUCCAUCAUCAUUACCACCCCCUCCAUCACAACCACCACAGGUUAACCUGAACGAGUUUAAAGUCGAUGAUAACUCUGACCCGCCUUUGCGACCCUGGGUAGAGGUCCUGAAGGAGUCUGGUUCAGGAGGAGAGGAGGAGGAGGAGGAGGAAGAGGAGGAGAAAAGUGUGAAGAGGCAGGAGCAACAGCGGUGUCAGGAGGUGUUAGGAGGACAUAUUGGAGAGAGGGAAGUGAACGAGGAGAUGAUUCAGGAGAAAGUGACAGAGAUGGUGAGAGGUGUUGAACAAAAUGAGUCUGAGUUGUGCUUGCUCUCCGCAGGCUGGCUUAGUGAGACCUCCAACGUUAACUCAGAGCAUCCCACUUCAGGGCGGAGUCUCGGGUCGGACCACCUGGACAGACAGGACAACAGUCAGGAGAACUCCAGUGACUCCAUUACAUCAUCAUCUAGAGGGGAUUCAGGGAAACCUCGACAAAACGGUGAGCACUCCAACGCCACGCCUCACAGCUCAGCGUCUCAGGAAUCCACCAGUGGUGUGAAGGCAGGGGCGGGCAGACAGGAAGGAGCGCUGAUCGCUGAGCACAAAGUCCAGCAGCGUUCAUCAACAGAAACCGGUCUGGAUGAAGAGCGCACAAUCACCACCAAGGUGUACCGCAGGCGUCUCGUUCUCAAGGGAAAGGAGGCACAGAACAUUCCUGGUGAAUCCGUUUCAGAGGAACAUUUUAUUGAUGAAGAUGGAACCAUUAUUAUUAGAAAAGUGAUUAGAAAGGUGAUUUGUCGUGUGGACACACCAACUCCUGAAAACCAAGACCUGGGGAGUGGCACAGGGUCACAGGAAGGCCCUGCUGCCCUGGGGAUGGGCUCCGCCCCUCUGGGUCCUGACAUCCAAACCAACAUAGCUGCACAUGCUGAGGGCGGCGUCUCCAAGGUGAGGAAGAAGGAAGAAAAACGUCUAUCAGAAAGAAAACAUCAUUCAUAGUGGGGGUUUGCAACUACAGGUAUAUUGAUCUGUUUCCUGAUGGGCAGGGCACCGAACGCUAAACAGUGAGAUGCGGCCUACAACCCAUCUACAGCUUCCACUUUGAAACGCAUGGCAUUCAUAAAGACAGAACUCUGACUUAUCAGCUUGCGCAUGAGCAUGCAUCUCACUCGGAUAAAACACUUCCUGUUCCAAGGGGGUCUUGUUGAAUUCUACUUCCAGUCUUGAGUUGGGUCCCGGUGAAUUCCAGUUCCACUUUCUUCAAACCUUCAUGUUUCUGGGGGAGCGAUUAUUCAUCAUUCUUCUGAAAGGUUAAAACCUGUGGUGAAAUGGACCAUCAGAAACAUUCUCGUGAAUAUCAGACGAGCAAGUUAAAGGGGAAGUUUCAAAAUAUCCCACCUGAAACUACUCCAGACAAAACAUACAAAUCCAACACACAAUUCCCUGUGACCAAAGAAGGCACAAAAAGCUCUUUUUCCUGUUUUGUGGGGAAAACGAUAUAGAUGCUGUUGAACCACAAUGUACAUUCGCCUUACGUGUUACCGCGGACCCAAGACAUCAGGAGGAGGAUCCCUGUGUUAUUUUUUUUUAUAAAACAGAAAUAAAUUAUGUGGUGGACUUUUCUGUACAUAAAACCUAUUAUGUAAAAAACAAAGUUUAGUAGUUAGGUUUGAUGAGAGCACUACAAAAAUACACUUUACAAGUGCUUUCAACAUUUUAAAGACAGUCCGAGUGAAACUUCUCAUGCUCUUGUAUAAUGAAUUAUUAUAGCAGGUAUGUUUGUAUAUGAGAAUAGUUGGGUCAGUUUUCAGGGGAUGUUUCCUUAAAAUCCUCUGCAACCUGCGAACAAUUCCCAAAAUGGGAAUGUGUCCAAUUCUGUGAAGAAGUCAAUCAGAGGACUUUUGAUGCAUGCUGUUCAACUUAUUUUAAGAACCCUUUUUCUAAGUUUAAAAGACAAAUACGAAAAUACUUUUUCUGUGUGAACACAAAUAUAUUUGUCUCAACUUUUUAUAUUCCAGAACAUCACCCUACAAGCGUCCAUCGUGUAGAAAUGGUCAAGUGUGAAAAGCACUAAAGAGAUCGCUUCCUUAGGAGUUUAAUGUAGUGUCUGUUAUCCUUUUGUAUGGAAGACAGUGUCUGCUGAUGUUAGCCUGAGGUGUUCAGAAUGUAUAUGCUAGUAUUCAGCCUCUCUGUUUAACUAUCACUGUAUCAUGUGUAUUGACUGUAAAAUGUAGAGGUCUCUUUGUGUCUUAAGGCUAUUUGUAACCAUUAAAGGAAUGUCUCCUUUUUUUUGAUUGCUGAGGUUUUCAAAUAAAAUUUUUAUGUUUUGUUUCAGGUAAGGUGAACAUUUAGUAUUUUCAUCUGAAGUCACACUUAUUCGUACGGGACGACUUUAAUAGAUUUAAUAGCUAGAUUUAAUAGCUCAUGUAUUACAUAUGACACGCACUGGAUUGUCAUAAUUUUAAGUAUUACAAGAAAUUGUUUCCAAUUGUGUGAUAUAUUUUAGAUCAGAGAGUCCGUUUGUUGCAGUGUUCUGCAUCGUUUUUGAUAAUAUAGAAUAUUUCUUUAGAGAUUACUUUGUUUGUUUGCCCCUCAGAUAGCGUUAGUCUUUUUAGCUUGUGGUGCGUAUGGUGUGAAAUAUGAUUAAGUAUGCUGAACUUUACCAUGGUAAUAAGAUCUGAAAGACUUUACAUGGAAACUAGGUCAUGAAGGACGUGCGGUUCUGCUUCCCUGUGAGAUGUCAAUCAAAGUGUGGGAGGAACGUGGCAUGGUUCAAUCAGUUGUUUUUGUUUAAACUCUGUUUUCACCUGAGCAACAUUUUUGAUGUACAAUUCUUACAAUGAGUGAAGCCAUUUAAAUGUACCUCUAAUAGCACUUUGUUUAUUGGAGAUCUUCUCUUUUAGAAACUAGCAGGUAUGAUGCCACCAUAAUGUUUCAAAUGUCUUACAAAAAUCUGAUUUAAAAAUUAAAUAAAGGCAUUGAUUUUGCAAACCUA